AUGGUCUGGCGCCCCACCUCCGGUAGCCAGAAGAAGCUUCCACUUGAGGAGAGGCGGCACGCUGAUGUCCUGCAACUCAGCAUUUUCAGUGAGGUCCUCGUCAUCCAGAUUGUGCACGCUGAUGUAGUGCCGGAGGCCCUGAGGGAAUUCCUUGGCGAUGAUUCAAUCAACUUAUGUAGCGCUGUUGUCGACAACGAUGUGAAGAUGCUCGAGUACUACGGCAUCGCAGCCAUUACGGGGGCGCGCAACCUGCAGAGGAUGAUCCCAAACCCGAGGACCAACUAUCCUCCUUCUAUGUAUGCUUUGUCAAACCAUUAUAUUGGGAUGGAGCUUGUGAAGAAGGAUCACAAUUCCAUUAGAUGUGACAACUAG